AUGAUGUUAUUUCCAACAGCCAUGAAGGCGUCGGAACAGCUCGACGGGAAGAUGAAGAAGCAGCCGGAAAAAAGUCAAGUUCCGAAGAAAAGCGCAGUAGGGAAGGUCUCGCGAAGGAGUGAGACGCGUAAGAAAAACUCGAAUCCGAAGCCGUCGUUGAUGUCGAUGUCGCCGAAGAUGCUGAGCACGUCGCUCAACGUGGAGGAGGACGAAGACGUGACAGAAGAAUAUGACGUCAUCGGACCUCGAGUCAUCGGCAAAGGAAUCGCUAUUGUCAACAAUUACUACAGCGAGAAGAAGUUGGAGGAUGGUUCGUAGCAAAAUUUGCGCGGUUUCUAAAGUUAAGCGCUUUUGCAAAAUACUCUUAUGAGGUCGCGAUGAAGUGAGCUUUGGAAGCAACAUCUCAAUAUUUCGAAAAAAUAAAUUAGCGACUUUUUUGCUGCAUCUCUUUUUCAACUCUUUCUUGAGCUUUUGAAUUUAAAGUCCUAGCAAGAAGGAGAGCCUUGAUGAUAGGCGUAAAAACGUCUUUAAGACCUUUUACAGCCGCUUCCAAUUGAGUCUGUUUCUGGGACUUACGACCAGGGGUUCUUUUGAAAAAAAAUUGUUUUUCUCGUCAAAAUUUGAACUUUUUUUUUUUGAGAGACGAGUAGCAAAAAGCAUGGGAAGGAGGAAGAAGACGGUUACUUCAACGUGGAAACCGCCGCAGUCAGCCCAAAGUGCGUUAGUCCGAUAGGAAGCGUCAAAAAGGUAGUUUUCUCUCUUUGUUUCAUUUUAAGAUAAACCUUUGUUGAAAUCUCCAGCUCGCCGAUACCGAGCGUUUGAUGUCUCUUCCUAUUCAAAAGGUACGGAUCCGCAACUUCUUCUCCGACUGCUACAUGGUCGUGGCGACCCUCAACAUCGCUGCUUUAUUGCAUUUUCCAACGGUCAUGAUGCUCAAUGGAGGAGGUCAGUCUUCUUUUACUUCCUGAGCAGAUCUAGAGGGAGUUUGUCGUCUGUUUCACUGAUUUAAAAAAAUUAAGAAGAUUUCCCGAAAAAAAGAUUUUUGGUUAGAAAAAAAUUUAUAAAAAAAUGCUUAUCUAUUAAAGUUUCAUAAUUUAAGUCUACUUCUUGAUACCGUUUGUCUUGUGCACGUUUUUUAUCACGAUGCCGAUUGGCUUCAUCGAACUCGUCUUGGGUCAGUUUUCCUCGAUGCCGCACAUCUACCUCUUCUCCAACAUCGUUCCUAUUUUCACCGGUUCUUCUUCCCGUUUUCCAAGGAAUUAUGGUUCUUUUCCAGGAUUCGGCUAUAUUUUGAUGACAGUGCAAGUUAUCGCCAGCGCUACCACAAAGUUCGAGCACAAGUAUGUGCUUUGUUUUUUAAACCUCAUUUCCCACCUUGAAGGUACAUGUCCAUGUUGAUCGAGUCCAUGAUGCGGAUGAUUGCUGACGCUCGAGCUCGCUUCUGUGACAUCACCAACUACGGGAUACCCGGUGAGAUGAACUUCGUGACGCCAUAACUGGCGUCUUUCAGCCUGUUUCGAUCCGAAUAUAUGCGCUGGCAAGUCUUUUUUCUUCAUGGGCAAAUGCUUCAACCCGGACUAUGUGUCGGCGGUCUGUCUGAAACAGGAAAGAAGCAAAGAUAACUGUUGCCUGCAGAACAGUUCCUACCUGAAGACGACCAAAGUGAUGAUGCUCUCGCGAUAUUUCCUUCAGAACACGCCGGAACUCGCCCAGGUUGUCCAGCCCACAAUUAACGCUCGCAGGUGAGCACUGAAGUUAAAAUCCGACAAUCAUUUUCGAUGCAGAAUUUUCUCCCCGAAAAACCCGCAGGCUCAUUACUUCAGUGCCAUUUUUUUCUCGCUUUGCCUCGUUUUCCUGGUCGCAAGGCCUGGGCUACGGCCAGUCGCCGAGGUAACUUUAUUACCUUCCAAAAUAAAUGUCUAAAUUUCUAUUCAAUCAAGUCGAUUUUUCAUUUGAAAAAUUUGGCAAUGAGCCUCCGAUAAAUCAGUUAUUGUAUUGGUUUGAAGCGUCACUUGAGAUCCCAUUCUUUCGCAUCUAUCGUUUCAGUCGACGGCGUACAUUUUGGGCGCGUCUGUUUUGUCCCUGAUUUCAUUGUUUGUAGUGCUCGUUUAUUCUUGGAGGGACGAAGCUUUUGGUGUUUUUGAGGUCCGUGAGUUCCACCUUUUUCCCCAGAUAUCUUUUUCAUCCGAAGUUUGAAAAAAAAAACUGUGAAAUUAGUAUCUUUAGAAGUUUUGUGAGGAAAAGUUGAAGUAAAACUCAUUUUACGAAGCUCUUCUGACUUGGCGGUUCGGAGUUCCGAGAGAUAAAACAAAAUAAUUGGAAAGGAAUUUCAUUCUUAGUUUCAGUUGCUUGGCUAUUCAAUGGAAGACUUUGCGAAGAUUGCGAGCCCGGCGACUUGGUAUGUCGCUUUCCUCAUGGUUUGUUUCUUUUGUUCAACAAAUUUCUUCGGAUUUUCAGUCAAUGAUGUGCUUUUCGGUGGGCGAAGGCACCAGGAUAACAGUGGGAGCAACUCGGAAGUUUCAUAGCAACGUGUACAGGUGACUGUGAGUGGGAGUCCCCAGAAAAAAAAAGUUGAAAAAGGAAAAGAGUCAAACUUGCAACUUCUUGGGGAAAUUAUUUUAUGCGUCUCUGUAAAUCAUAAUUUUCUUGUCAUACUGAUACACUUUUUUUGCAAAGAAUUUUUAACAUUUGGCAGAACUAUUUUAAUUUAAAUUGAGAGUUUCAAAGAAAUCGGACGCGUAUGCGCGCUUUCCAUUUCACUUUAUGAGAGCGAUCUCAGUUACCUGAAAUGGAAAAAAGGAUUUUGUAAAGUAUAUUUUAAUUCAUCAGAGCAACGUUCGUUUCAUUCGUUUACCCGCUGUUUUUCUUCUGUUUGACGCCGUUUAUCAUCGGCGCCGUGCUUUUCGGAGGAGCUAGAGUUGCAUACUCAGAGGUCGAAUCUCGCACUCUCAGCGUCAUCGAAGCUCGUAAGUUCCUUUCUUUUCAGGAAAUUUAAUUAUUUGAUUUUUUUUUUCUAUCAUUCUAGGCGCCUUCGUCAGGCAGUUCGACCUGGCUUUCGACAAUAUUUACUACUUCUUCGAAGGAUGUAGAGAGGUUGAACUUUGAGUUGUAACUUCACUGCCAGACAGUUCUCUGACUUCUAUUCAACCAGUUUAGCAAAGAUAGUUUUUUUUUUUCAAAAUGUUCAAUUCUGAUAUUAAAAGAUAUUGAAACCUAAUAAAUGUUGAUAAUAACUUCAAAAAAAUAUUAAAUAAGGAUGCACUCUAAGAAAUUCAUUGAGCAGUGCAGCGGGUUUUUUCUCUCUCUUCAUCAUCCAAAUUUUCCAAAAGUCAUUUUUCCCUCCACGGUUUUCCAGUUAUGAACUGGUCAUAUAUAUUCUUGUGUUUGGUUGUGGAUUACACGUAGUUUCAGUUGGAGGACUUCCUCUUCUUCGGUUUCGCAGUGUCUUUCUUGUCCUGGCAGGUUGCCCAGCAGGUCUUUCAAGCCUUUCAAAGCGAAUCCUGAUCAUUUUCUUGUAGAUGAUCUCCGCCGAAGCUUUUAUCAUGCUUGCCCAUCGCGCUUUCAAGUCUUUAGCUCAUUUGAACGAACUGAUCGUAAGGUUCUCUUCCAUUCCAAGUUUUCUGUAUUAUUACCUGAUAAUUUUAGAGGUUUCGUUCUACUUGUUUAUGUCACAGCAGUUGCAACGCUACACGUGAAGAUGAAGGUUUGGUUUUUGGUAGAAAUUUUAAGCUUUCAAUUUCUAUUUCUUUUAAUGAGUCUAUAUAAAAUUUUAAUUCCCUUCAAUGACUGAUUUAAAAAAAUAAGUGCUUCAUAAAUUCCAUUAUCUAAAGCGCAUUCAUAAGACUUGGCUAAAUUUUUCCUGAGGAAGCUUGUCCUCCGCAUCUCCAUUCCAUUUCAGUUACCAGUGUCAACAGAUUCCUAAAAAGAAAAAUCAAUCCCAUCGUUUUUUUUUUUAUCUUCUCUCAAAAUUUUCGCGUGAGAAACUCAUGCAAUGCAAGAUUUAUUCUACGUUUAAGCCAUAUUGACGCAAAAAUAACUUCUAACAAUUACCUGCACAGUUUACUAAAAGAAUAUCAAUAAAAUUGUUCUCAACCAGGUGGUAAACUAACAAGAAGCCGUUGCGAUUUUAUGUUGCGAAAUCAAAAAAAAAUGCCUUCGUUUUUAGCACACAGAGUUCGAAGUGCUGCUGACAGCGAUGAUAUUCAUCGUCUUCUUCGAAAUCACAGUUCUCUGGUUCUACUCAAUCAAAAGAUUCCUUCCAAAUCUCAGCGUAACUAUCUCCCGAUACUCUUUUCAUAUAUAUAGAAAAGCUGAAUUUCAGUCGUUGCUGGAACCGAAAGAACAGGAAUGGACUUACAAGUUUCGGCUUCUCUUUUUUGUAGUUUACAAAGUACUCUUGCCGCUUAUUUUAACGGUAUGUAAAGUAGGACGUUGACCUUUUUUUCAGAACUUUGGAGUCGCAACCAUCAAAAAAUUAUUACAACUUUUAUUUACAGCUAUUCAUCGGGUUGCAAAUUUGGCUUUUUCACCACCCCAAGUACUAUCUCGUACCAAUUGUCCUCCUACCAUUGUUCAUCUAUCGUGUGAGUUCACAUGGAAAAGACCUUGUACAUUUUGAAGUUAGGCGGUGAAAGAAGGCGUGAGCAGAGAAUCUUGGAAGUCUUUGUUUCGUCCGACGCCCACAUGGGGUCCUCUUCUCAUCAAGGACCGGAAAACAGCUCAAAUACAAGAACGCGCCAUUCGUCUCAGUAUCUAA